GAGGAUUACUACGUCACCCCCGAGCGCGCGCUGGUGCCGCUGCGCUGGGUGGCCCCGGAGCUGGUGACAAAGGGACCCCGCGGGACGCUGGAGGUGGCACCGCAGAGCCGGGAGAGCAACGUCUGGGCGCUCGGUGUCACCCUGUGGGAGCUCCUGGAGUGGGGGGCGCAGCCCCUCCCCCACCUGUCGGACCGGCAGCUCCUGGGGAGGCUCCGGAGCCGCCGCCCCCCGGAACUGCCCCGCCCCCGCCUGGCGCUGCCACCCCAGUGGUUCGACCUCCUGCAGUCCUGCCGCCUCCCCCCGCCCCAGCGCCCCACCCUGGAGCAGCUCCACGGCCGCCUGUGCUCCCUGCUGGCCUGUCCCCAAACGUCCCCAACGCCCCCCGGGGACGGGGAGGUGACACCGCCGCCCGCCGCGUCCCCGACGUCGCCGUUCCCGCUGCUGGACGCGCUGCCGGACGCCGAGGACGUCCUGACGGUCACUCAGGACCCCCGGGGGGGCGGCCUGGCCUUGGAGUGUCUCUGGGAGCGCGGCCGGCGGCACCGCCAUGGCGGCGGCGGUGGCACGGCCGAUGUCCCCAAGCUGUCCCCCGGGGUGCUGCCGGUGCUGGGGGCGCGGAGCCCCUCGGGGACGUCCGAGUUUUUCGUCCGGUUGGAGGAGCACGAGGUGGUGACGUCGGUGACGUCGGAGGUGACAAAAGACCUCCCGGGUGACGCCGAGGCGACGGCGGCGUCGCCGGGCGGGGGCGGCGGCCCGGGGGUCAGCGGGGCGUGGCCGGAGAGGGGACGGUCAGCGGGGGGUGGGGGAGGGGAGGAGUCGUCCCUCAGGGCCCAGCGGGGGUCGGUGGCCGAGGGAGGGGACGACGUUGGGGACAUCGGGGAGGUUUUGUCGCCGGCGUGGGGGCGGGGACGGACGUUGGGUGAGGAGGGGUCAGCGUUGAGCCAAGAGUGGACAUUGAGCCAAGAGCGGUCAUCGUUGGGUCAAGAUCGGUCAUCGUUGGGUCAAGACCGGUCAAUGCUGACCCAAGACCGGUCAUCGUUGGGACAAGAGCGGUCAAUAUCGACCCAAGAUUGGUCAUCGUUGGGUCAAGAGCGAUCAUCAACCCAUGACCGGUCAACUUUGGGUCAAGAGCAGUCGAUAUUGAGCCAAGAACGGUCAUUGAGCCAAGACCGGUCAUCGUUGGGUCAAGAGCGGUCAAUAUCGACCCAAGACCGGUCAACUUUAGGUGAAGAGCGGUCAAUAUUGACCCAAGAACAGUCAUUGAGGCAAGACCGGUCAUUGUUGGGUCAAGAGCGGUUAUCGUUGGGUCAAGAGAGGUCACUGUUGACCCAAGACCAGACAUUGACCCAAGGCCGGUCAUCGUUGACCCAAGACCAGGCAUUGGCCCAAGAUCAGUCAUCGCUGGGUCAAGACCGGUCAUCACUGGGUCAAGAGCGGUCAAUAUUGACCCAAGACCAGUCAUCAUUGACCCAAGACCGGUCAUCGUUGGGUCACAACUGGACACUGAGCCAGGACUGGUCAUCGUUGACCCAAACAAGGUCAACGGAACAAAUGACGUCACCAUUGUCCCUGGAGAUGACCCCGUGGGGACAAGGCUGGACAUUGACCCAGGACGGGUCAUCGUUGGGUCAAGAGCGGUCAAUGUUGACCCAAGACCGGACAUUGACCCAAGACUGGUCACUGUUGGGUCAAGACCGGUCAUUGUCACCGCUGUCACUGGAGUUGGCACCUUGGGGACAAAACCUGUCAUCGUUGGGUCAAGAAAGGUCAAUGGCCCAAGCGACGUCACCGUUGUCCCUUGAGAUGACCCCGUGGGGACGAGGCCGGACAUUGAGCCAGGACCGGUCACUCUUGGGUCAAGACCGGUCACCGUUGGGUCAAGAUCGGUCAUCGUUGAGUCAAGAUGGGUCAUUGUCACCUUUGUCACCAGAGGUGGCACCUUGGGGACAAAACCGGACAUCGUUGGGUCAAGACCUGACAUUGACUCAAGACUGGUCAUCGUUGGCCCAAGAUCGGUCAUCGUUGGGUCAAGAAAGGUCAACGGCCCAAGGGACGUCGCCGUUGUCACUGGAAAUGACCCCAAGGGGACAAGGCCGGACAUUGAUCCAAGACCAGUCAUCGUUGGGUCAAGACCAGUCAUUGUUGGGUCAAGACCAGACAUUGGCCCAAGACCGGUCAUCGUUGGCCCAAGAUUGGUCAUCGUUGACCCACGACCGGUCAUCAUUGGGUCAAGACCGGACAUUGAGCCAAGACCGGUCACCAUUGGCCCAAGACCGGUUAUCGUUGGGCCAAAGCUGGUUAUCAUUGACCCAAGACUCAACACUGAGACAAGACCGGUCAUCACUGUCCCAAGACAGGUUAUCAUUGGCCCAAGAUCGGUCAUCAUUGACCCAGGACUCAACAUUGAGCCAAGACUGGUCAUCAUUGUCCCAAGACCAGUCAUCAUUGGCCCAAGACUCAACAUUGACCCAAGACUGGUCACCACUGACCCAAGACCGGACAGUAACCCAAGACCGGUCACUGUUGGCCCAAGACCGGUCACCGUUGGGCCAAGAUCGGUCAUCAUUGACCCAAGACUCAACACUGACCCAAGACCGGUCACCGUUGGGUCAGGACAGGUCGUUGGUGACCCAAGACCGGACAUUGACCCAAGACCGGUCACCAUUGAUCCAAGACUCAACAUUGGCCCAAGAUUGGUCAUCGUUGGGCCAAGACCGGUCACCAUUGGGUCAAGACCAGAUAUUGAACCUUGACCAGUCAUUGCUGACCCAAGAGCAGUCAUCGCUGGGCCAAGACUCAACACUGACCCAAGACUGGUCACCAUUGGGUGAGGACAGGUCAUUGUUGACCCAAGACCGGACAUUGACCCAAGAUUGGUCAUCGUUGGCCCAAGACCAGUCACCAUUGGGUCAAGAUGAGUCAUCAUCACCUUUGUCUCCGGAGGUGUCGUCAUUGGUCAUUGCUGACCCAAGACCGGUCAUCAUUGGGUCAAGACUCAACAUUGGGCCAAGACCGGUCAUCGUUGGGCCAAGACCGGUCAUCGUUGGGCCAAGACCGGUCAUCGUUGGGUCAAGACCGGACAUUGACCCUUGA